AAUGAUCGAAUUCCGCACUCCCAAGUACAUUUGUUUAAAAAAAAUUGAACCUCCAGUUAUAAGAUAUCAACCUCGCACAAUGUUUGUUAAGGUUAAGCAUUUGUUACAGAAAAGAGAGAGUGUUGACACCUCAUUGACUUUGAGCUAAACAGAUGCAAAAAUGCACUCUUAAUAAUCAGAAAUCAGCAAUCUUAGUACAUUUUAUUAAAGUUCUGAUUAAGCAAAGGAGAACAAAGAAUAACCAAUUAUUGAUGUAGUACUUAAAAAAACUAAUUCUUUUCAUCUAAAUUCUAAGAUGAGAAGUAACAAUAAAAUCUCAAGAGUCUCUAAGAAUUAAUUAAUGGAUGUACUUUAAGAAAUAACAUCUCCUACAUAGACUAGACGUAAAUAAUAGGUAAUUUUAAUAAUUGUUAUAAGGUUGUGAACAGGGAAUGGGAGUAUUCAUAUAGAAAAUAAUAAGGGAAUAGUACAUUUUUCUAAUCAAUGGACUCAACAAAUGAAUAGGCAACAGCUUUGCCAAAAUCUAGAAGUUUCAGUGUGAGAUAAUCAACUGAAUAAUAAUCAAAGCAAUUAAAGGAUAUGAUUGAUAAAGCAAUUAAAAAUACAAAAACUUUUGAUGAAUAUUUAUUAAGCCUAGUGAGAUGA